AUGGGUACACUACCCACCCCAGAGGAAUCCAGAACUGAGCCUUCAAUUUCCCUGAUGGAAAAACAACCCACUCCAGAGGAAUCAGAAACUGUGUCUUCAGGUGCAACUCUGGAAAAAGGACCCGCCCCAGAGGAAUCAAAAACUAGGUCUUCGAGCUCAACCCAGGAAAAAGGACAAACUCUAGAGGAAUCAGAAACUGGGUCUUCGAGCGCAGCUCUUGAAAAAGGACCAACUGUAGAGGAAUCAGAAACUGUGUCUUCAAGUUCAGCUCUGGAAAAAGGACCCAUUCCAGAGGAAUCAGAAACUGGGUAUUCAGGUUCAACCCUGGGAAAAGGACCUACCCCAGAGGAAUCAGAAACUGGGUCUUUGAGCUCAACCCAGGAAAAAGGACCAACUUUAGAGGAAUCAGAAACUGUGUCUUCAAGUUCAACCCUGGAAAAACGACCCAUACCAGAGGAAUCAGAAACUGGGUCUUCAGGUUCAACCCUGGAAAAAGAACCCACCCCAGAGGAAUCAGAAACUGGGUCUUUGAGCUCAACCCAGGAAAAAGGACCAACUUUAGAGGAAUCAGAAACUGUGUCUUCAAGUUCAACCCUGGAAAAACGACCCAUACCAGAGGAAUCGGAAAUUGGGUCUUCAAUUUCAAAGCUAGAAAAACAAUCCAUUCAAGAGAAGGCAAAAAACAAGCUGGACUCUCAAUCCACAAUGGAAAAUAGUUUAAGAGAGGAGCUGGACCGAGAUACAUUGAAAGAAAAUGGGGAUUUAAAAUGUAGGGCAGAAAAUCAAAACAUGCAAGAAAAUCUUGAGAGUGCUAUGGAAAAUACUAUGAGAAACGUGAAUGUCCACCUCGAUGCGAUUGUUACGUUUAUCUGCCAGAUCCCACUGGUCUUUUCUAGUAUCCUAAGCCUUGUUAUAAACAUCAUAUAUCUGGUUCUCCAGAUUCUACUCUACUCAUUGUCACAGGCUCCAAACAUAUUGAACAAUCUGGGUCUCAAGGUGAAAUUCCGUGAGGAUAAAGUCUUGUUAUUCCUGCUUUGCAUUUCUAAUUAUCCCAGUAAGUACACGUUGUAUCACUGCAUUUAA